CUGACGUCAUGCAUACUGUUAAUGAAUGUAUUUUGAUAAAACUUAUUGCCAUUUCGCAAGAGUAUAAACACAAUAUAUAUCAUCUUUUCUAACGUAAAUUCAUAUCAAAAUAAAUAUUGAAGCUGUGAAUUUUGAUCUUAACUGAAACAAAUAAGUUGAAAUAGAAAGCCAACAUGUCGCUUUACCCGUCAUUAGAAGAUAUGAAGGUGGACCAGAUGGCACAGGCCCAGAGACAGUAUGAGACAGGCCAGCCAUCAGUAUCAUACCCAGCACCACCACCACAACCAUACCCACCACAACCAUACCCAACACAGGCAGCAUCUGGAGGUUCAGCCAGCUUAUACCCAACUCUAGAUGAGUACAUGGGCCUGCAACUCACACCAGCUUUCAUCCAGCAGAACAUACCAGAAUCUGACCGACAAGUGGCAAUACCACAGACACGGCCAAGCAACAUGCAGGUGGCGCCAGUAAGUGGAAACAAUAUGGGUGUCAUGAGGGCGGAAAUUAAGCAGGGAGUCAGAGAACUUGUUGCUUGUAAAGAUGCCGAGGGGAAAAUUGGUCUGCGUAUCAGACAUGUUAACAGUGGUUUGUUUGUGGCCCUGGUACAGCAGAACUCUCCAGCAGCUCUGGCAGGUCUAAGGUUUGGGGAUCAGAUUUUACAAAUCAAUGGCCAAAAUGUGGCUGGCUGGGAUACAGACAAAGCACAUAAGGUUCUGAAACAGGCAGGUGGGGAAAGGAUCUCUUUUGCUGUCAGAGACAGGCCAUUUGAGAGGACAAUCACAAUGCAGAAGGACAGUGCAGGAUAUAUUGGAUUUGUGUUCAAAGAUGGGAAAAUAAAGUCGUUGGUGAAAGAUUCAUCAGCAGCUAGAAAUGGUGUGUUAACAGAUCACCAGUUGAUUGAGGUUAAUGGACAGAAUGUUGUAGGAGUAAAGGAUAAAGUGAUCAGUGAAAUAAUGGAUGCUGGUGGACGCACGAUUACAAUCACAGUUAUGCCUUCAGUUAUAUAUGACCACAUUGUAAAAUGCAUGGGUAACAGCAUUGUGAAGAAACUCAUGGACCAUUCAAUUCCAGAUCUGUAAAUAUUUGCUGCAACAUGGACUUAAAUAAAACUUGCACUCCAUGUUACAGUGUGAUCAACUAGUAACUAGAGUAGAGAAAUCCAGAAACAUUUCUCUUUCAGUUAUUUAUGACAAACAGCGAGUGAACUCUGAGACUUAUUUGAAAAUUUCAAAAUAUUGAUUUAAUUAACCUCUCAUUAAAUCAGUAUAGGAGAUCAACUUCUAUCUCCGCUGUUACAGUACACCUAGAGAAUUAAAAACUGUAACAACUGUGAAUACGUCUUGUAAAUCCACAUAGAACUGACUGUUACAUUGGGACCGAAUUUACUGUUACAUCAGGAUGGAACUGACUGCAGAAAAUAAUUAAACUAUUAGAGGUGUAGAGACUCCCAAGAUAUACUUAUAACAGCAUCAACAAAGGAAAUAACAUGAAUACUUGUUUUCUGAAAGCAGUUAGGAGAUUUCAUGUGAUAACUUCCUUUUUUGCCUACACUUGGUUUUUGAUUUAUCUCUCCAACAAUAUUGUUAUCAGUAGUAAAGCAGGAUAUUGAUGUGUUUGUAUUGCUGAAUACAUGGAAAACAAAUCUAUUUCAACUGUCAACAAUAACUACUGAGUAAACACAUGCCCAAUAUAAUCUUUUAACAAACUGGAAAUUUAUCAAGUAAAUUUGUUUUUGUUAAUAGCCAGAAUUUUUACCAACAAAUGAGCAAAACUUCAAUGUUAAUAUACUAAUUUACUUAAAUUGAUCUGUCCACAGUGAUGAAAAAGACAAAAACAACAUUUUAGUGAUAGAAAGUUUUAAGAAGAUAGGACAUUGUUUUAUUCAGAGUCACACCUUACUUUCUCUAUAAAUUAUUUUUGUUCAGCAAAAUUUGUGGUCAUGUGUUCCUGACUGUAUUUAAUGUGUACUGUCAUUUUAGAUGAGUCAUCUUUAUCAUAUGACAUUUGUUAACAGAUAAGUAUGUGAUCAUUUCUUCCCAGUGUAUUUUGUCUGUAUACCUGAUAAAUAAAGUCUCUAAAAUAGAUGUACCGUAUUUACUUUGAAAUAGAUGUACCGUAUUUACUUUGAACUAUGCUCUAGUUAAGCCUGUUUAAUAUUUUUUUUUUAUUAAAGACAUAAACAAGUUCGAGCAUAAUAAAUGGCUUACCGGUAACAUUUUUAGAGAAAAAGACGUAUAUGUUAAAAAUAUUUUAGUGAAAUACUGACAUAAAAUAUAUAAUGUGAUUGCCAUUAAUUUCAUUGUAAUUGUUUUGGUUAAUGAUGGGUAUUUAUGUCAAAGUAAAGCUUUCAUUGGCUAUUUUAUGUUUUAAUGUUAAUUUCCAUUUCUUACUUCAUUAAAAACUUCCUUUCUUAACUGUUUAAAUAUCAGUGUUUUUCGUUACAUAGCUCUAUCAGAUAAUGAAAGAUGCACUGUUGUGUAUUUAUCAGUAUAAAUAUUGUAAUAACUUCAUCACCAUAGCAAUGAAUCAGUAAUGACACAUAUUUAUGUCAGCGAAUUAAUGCUAAAUCAGUUAUGACAUUGGCGUAUUCAAAACAAAUUUUCUUAAAUAGUGAUUAAGAACAAGACAGAACAAACAAAAAUGUUAUUGUUUUUUUAUGAUCAUUAGAUUUGUAAAAUGUUGGUUUUUUUUUUUAUUGAAUGCCAGGGUUAAGAGAUGGGACAGGAGUAUAUCCUGGUUUAUAAAUGUAUUGUCAGUGUGUGAAGUAAUUUAACAUCUUGUUGGUUUCUGUGUGGAUUAGUGAUGUUUUACAACUAUUGAUGGGACUUUUUAAAAACAAAAAGUUCUUUAAAUAUUUUUAUAAUUUGUGUGCUAUGUUUUUAUAUAUUUGCUUGUUUCGUUUAAAUUCAAUUUUGUCAAUUUAUAUUGUUAUUAUGUUUAGAUUAAAAAUUGAUUUUUCA